AUGCAGUCCUAUCGCCAGCACAGCUCAUUAGGCAAACGCCUAGAAUCCCAAUUGCAGCGAACUCGAACAAGACAUCACGCGAUCCCAUCGACAACGGAUGUACAACCCGCCGAUGUUGAUUUAGAAGCACCUUCCUCUGAUUCAACCGACGUCGAAGACGACGCAUCGCAGCUAGAACCAAUCGAACGACCCCUUAGCAAAAUAGGCACAAAUCUAGCGGCAGCUCUUACGGGAAUUACUAAACAGGAACAUCCGGAUGUGAACGAUAAAAAUGUAUUCGUUGUAGGCUUUGAAGGGCCAAACGACCCGUUGAAUCCACUCAAUUGGUCGUACACCAGACGGAUGUUCUAUACCCUGAAUGUCGGCAUCAUUGCGCUUGUUGUUGGCAUGGCGGCAUCUAUAGACUCUGCGGUUAUUGCUAGAGCGGCAAAGGAUUUUGGAGUUAGUGAAGUCGCUGAAGCACUUGCAACAGGCUUGUUCCUUGUUGGUUUUGGGUUCGGCGCUCUCAUCGCUGGUCCAAUGUCAGAAACGGUCGGCCGAAACCCCGUCUACUUUGGCUCUUUGUCUAUAUACAUGCUCUUUCUUAUGGGAGCUGGGUUGUCAAGGUCUUUAGGAGGACAGCUGGUGUGUCGAUUCUUUGCCGGAUUCUUUGGAGAGUCGCCGCUGUCCACAGUUGGAGGAUCUAUUAGUGACAUGUGGGAUCCUAUGAACCGCUUGAUUGCAUUUCCAAUAUUUGCAACUGCUGGACUCAUGGGACCUGUUGCUGGACCAAUUAUUGGCGGCUGGAUUUCUCAGUCGUUAGAUGUAUCAUGGCGCUGGGUGGAAUGGGUUACCAUUAUCGCAUCCGGAGCCCUUCUCGUAUCUUUACUUCUCUUCCAGCCUGAGACUUAUGCGCCAGUUCUUCUGCAGUGGAAAGCGAGUCACCUCCGCCGACUAACCGGAGAUAAGCGCUACGUCUCUGCUUCCGAAAUUCAGAAUGUAACUUUCCGCUCUCGCAUGCUGACUGCAGUAAAGCGGCCAAUUAUUAUGACUAUCCAGGAACCUACAAUCAUGUUAUGGACCGGUUACUUAACCGUUGUAUAUCUGAUGUUGUUUGGCUUUCUAGAUGGCUACACAUUUGUUUUCCAGGAAACUUACGGCCUCUCUGACGGCAUCACUGGCCUGCUCUUUUUGGGCAUUGGAGUUGGACUGAUUCUGGCUACUGUAUUUCUCACUCCUCUCCUCUACAGGUGGGCGAAGAAAGAGAUCACCAAGCUUCAAACUGAGAAACCUGAUGGAAAUGCUCGCAUUCCGCCUGAAUUUUUCCUUUGGUAUGCCCUUAUCGGCGCACCAGCCAUCCCAAUCUCUUUCUUCUGGAUGGGCUGGACGGCAUAUCCCCACAUAAGCAUUUGGUCGCCUAUUUUGGCCUCUGUGCUUUUUGGAUUCGGCAUACUUUCUGUUUUUGUGUCGACAUACAUGUAUCUCAUCGAUACGUAUGAAGUAUAUGCAGCAAGCGCAUUGACAAUGAUUACGCUGGUGCGCUAUGCUGCUUCGGGAGGAAUGAUUGAAAUAUCUAUCCCGAUGUAUAAGAACCUUGGCAUCCACUGGGCCUUGACCAUGCUGGGACUCAUCUCGCUGGUGUUUACGGCGGUGCCGUACGCGUUUUACAGGUUCGGUCCCUGGAUUCGAUCAAAGAGCCGAUUCGCCAAGACACAAUAG